AUGAAGCUGACGAUUUGGUCUCUCCUAAUAUUCUUAACCCCUUUGAAGGCUCUAGCCAAAGUUCAAUCGAUAAAGAGCGUUGAUCAAUUUUAUGAUAUUGUUGAUAAUGAUGCAAAUUACACGUUAGUGAAAUAUUAUACUACCUGGUGUUCGCACUGUAAGCGUUUAGCCCCAGUCUACGAUAAACUUAGUGAAACUUUGCCAAGAGAACUUGGCGACGAUUAUCACAUUGAGUUUUUAGAAGUUGAUUGUGACAAGUUCGACAGAGCUCUUUGCAGUAGACUACCUGGGUUCCCUGUGGUUGAGCUUGUGAAGCCGCUAAGGACGGCGGUAAAUGAUGAUGACUCUGGAAGGGAAAAGGAAAAGGAAAAGGAUGACCCCGAGCCAGAAGCACUUGGUCUAUUUGACUGGGUAUGGAGUUUUUGGCCGUUUGGCUCAAGCCAUAAGAAGCACAAAGAAUUAGACACCUCCAGGAUUCGGGAGUAUCAGGGCAUUAGAUCAACCGAAGCGCUUACAAGUUUUGUUAAAACCGCAAUUGACUAUGAUAGAUAUAACGCACUUGCGGAACAGGUAUUGGAUAAUACUGCUAUAAAGCAUACAGGUAGCCCCAUUAUCGAAAAGGCCAGAAUAUAUGUUGCCAGUCUUGGUGCUGAUUUAUCCUCAGAACGUGAGAAGGUGUAUAAAACAUUGAAGGAUAGCACUAGCGAGCAGGAUAUCGAAUAUGCUAGGCUUCAACUUCAUCUUGUUAACAAGCUAGCUGAAUCGCAAGAGACAGCGAUUCAUGAUGAAUUAUAA